AUGGAGGAAUCAAUAUUGAGGAAAAGGUCAAAAAUUGAAUGGGUUAGACUGGGGGAUGGAAACAACUCCUUUUUUCACUCAUCUGUGAGGAGUAGGCAGAAACACAAACAGAUUAAUAGAUUGAUUAAAGAGGAUGGAGGAGUUUGUGAUACUCAUGAGGCCAUGGAGGAAGAGGUGCUAAACUUCUACAAGGGGCUCAUGGGGACUGCUGAAAAGAACUUGGAGGGAGUAGAUAUUGCAGCCAUUAGAAAAGGAAAACAGUUAUGUAGAGAACAAAGGAUAAUGCCGAGCAGUCCUAUCAAAGAGUGUGAGGUUGAAAAGGCCUUAAGGAGUAUAGGUGAUCUGAAGGCCCCUGGGCUGGAUGGAUAUGGAUCAAAAUUUUGUAAACAUUCUUGGCAGGUGGUUAAAGAGGAUGUGAUGGAAACUAUGAGACAAUUUUUUGAAGGUGGACAGAUGGAUGCUAGGUUUAAUAAAACCAUAGUCAAUCUGUUGCGAUUGGUGGAUUAA